UACCUCCAAAGAAUCCUACACACCAUAUCCUGCCUGGAAAAGUCUUGGUUUUGAACCGUGAAUGUCGGGAUGGUUUGCCUCCGUUGCCAAUCUCCAUUCCUUCCCUUCCAUUCUCAGCUCAAACCCAAACAGAAACUGAAAGCUGAAGGACAGCUUUGGCUCUUCUGCAAAGCUCCUCCAAGGCUGGUUUUACAGAGACAAACUGUUAAUGCAUUUGUGCCUUUGAGGACCAAUUCCCAUUCCAUUGCUGCCAUUCCUCCAUCCCAAUCUGGUGAUGUCACAGUCUUUCUACAAACAAGUGCAUUGCUUCUGGUUGUUUACUUGUUGGCAAAUUUCGUGGCACCAUAUUUCAUCUCCAGGUAUUUCGAAUUCGACAAGGUAGGGGAAGAUCAGAAGAGGAAUGAGAAAUGAUUAAACCUUGGAAGAUGAGGAUGAAGAAGAUAACAGGAAAUGUAGCUCAGGAAUGCAGGCAGCUUUCACUGUAGACAUGACAACAUAUUGGCAAAAACAGACCUGAAAAACUCUACCUUACGGUAGUAUAUGUUUCCUUGUAUGAACAUGUUAUAGUCAUUUUCUCCUAUUAUUUGCCCAAUGCGCAUUUAUCGCCAGACAGUCCCGAUUUACAGAACA